AGAGAGGUUGGUCUGAGCUGAAGAUUAUCAACAUCGCGUGUCCACUGUCCUCCUCAAUAGUCAGGGUGUGUGCCUGUUUCUAAGUUGAUCCUUAUGAACUCCAGCGCAUAGAAGGAUCUCUCUCUCCCGCUUUCUGCUAUGAAGGUAUUUCAUUCGAAGUGACACAAUAGGCAAGAAUGUUAUAAUCGUAUUAUUAAAUGGCGCUUGAUGUGUACAUUUGCUAAUGAGAAUUCUAAGCUUUGGAAUAUUUUACACAGCUUCGUGGUUUUGAAUAGCGCUUGCCGAGACAUUUAGGAACAUUUUGAAUUAUGUAACUGUAUAGGCCUACUUGACUAUCUACUCUGGUCGGUCUGUCCGUUUAAAGUCAUACAGUCAUAAUAGUCUGCUAUAUACAAUCGGCACGUGUAACUUUGAUCACAACUAUGUGGUCAACAACGUAGAGGAAUUUGCUACCCGUGUCAAUCUGAACUCGAUUUCAGAACCAAGGACAGUUCCCACCUGCUCCACCUGGGAGACCGACGCGCGAGGUUUCCCGACUUCCGGACUCAAUUUGUCUUAAAAGUUCUUAUACUAUUUUAAAAGUCAUAGGUCCACACAACUUUGGAAAGAAGGGACUUGAAGGGUCAUCAUUUUGGUGGGAUCGGAUGACUGAACCUCGAAGUCUUGAUAAGGCUACGACAAGAUUUUAAUAAAUGCUACCAGUAACCAAGAUGCCACGAGUGUCGAGAGAGGGCUCUAGAGCGAUCCACCUCACCCAGCCCCAGCCCCUGUAAGAACCUCCUGUGUCCCACUCCUCUACCCACCACCCACUACACUGAUCUCUGCUACCCGACCUGACCAUGCCCACCUCCGGCCUCCUCUGUCCUGGGCUCUGGGCCAAGGCUGCCCCAUGGUGGUCCCUCCACCUGCUCCUCUUUGACUUGCUCGUUCCAGAGGCCCUGCCCAGCCCUAACAACAGAUUCCCUCCUUCCACCAAGAGGGAGAUCACCAUCGAUGGGGACCUGGUGAUCGGCGGUCUGUUCCCGGUGCAUGAGAAGGGCGAGGUGGCGGAGGACUGUGGGAAGAUCAACGAGCAGAGAGGGAUCCAGAGACUAGAGGCGAUGCUGUUAGCGCUGGAUGAGAUCAACGCGGACGAGCGGCUGCUGCCGGGACUCAGGCUGGGAGCCCACAUCCUAGACACCUGCUCUAAGGACACCUACGCUCUGGAGCAAAGCCUGGAGUUCGUACGAGCCUCCCUCACCAAGGUGCAUGAGCCGGGGUUCAUCUGCCCAGACGGAUCCAACCCCAUCCAGGAUGACGUCCCUCUGGCCAUAUCUGGAGUCAUCGGGGGCUCCUACAGCGACGUGUCUAUCCAGGUUGCCAACCUCCUCCGCCUCUUCCAGAUCCCUCAGAUCAGCUAUGCCUCCACCAGCGCCAAGCUCAGUGACAAGUCUCGCUAUGACUACUUCGCCCGAACCGUGCCGCCUGAUUUCUACCAGGCCAAGGCCAUCGCCGAGAUCCUGCGCUACUUCAACUGGACCUACGUGUCCACUGUGGCAUCUGAGGGCGACUACGGCGAGACGGGCAUCGAUGCCUUCCAGCAGGAGGCCCGCGCCCGCCAAAUCUGCAUCGCCACCUCGGCUAAGGUGAGCCGCUCGAUGAACCGGUUCAGCUACGACCAGGUGAUCCGCUCGCUGCAGCAGAAGUCCAACGCCAAGGUGGUCAUCCUGUUCACACGCAGUGAGGAUGCCAGGGAGCUGCUGGUGGCUGCCGCUCGCAUGAACAGCACCUUCACUUGGGUGGCCAGCGAUGGCUGGGGGGCGCAGGAGAGCGUGGUGAGGGGAAGCGAGACAGCAGCAGAGGGGGCCUUCACAAUCGAGCUGGCCUCCUACCCCAUCCGGGAGUUUGCAGACUACUUCACCAAGCUGAACCCCUACACUAACACACGGAACCCCUGGUUCAGAGAAUUCUGGGAGCACCGCUUCGACUGUAGUCUCACAGAGCCUGGUUGUAGCGAACACAGUCUGCGGGAUGGCAAAUUUGAGCAGGAGUCCAAGAUCAUGUUUGUAGUCAACGCGGUGUAUGCUAUGGCUCAUGCCCUGCAUAAUAUGAGGCAGGCGGUGUGCCUGCCCAAUGCCACCAAGAUAUGUGAUGCCAUGAAACCAGGCACCGGGAAGAGGUUCUAUAGAGACUUCAUCCUCAAGGCCAAGUUUGAUGCUCCCUUCAGACCUGCGGACACGGAGAACAUGGUGCGUUUCGACGGCUACGGAGACAGUCUGGGCCGCUACAACAUCUUCCACUACCACAAAGAGAAGGAUAAAUACGUGUACAGGAAGGUGGGCUACUGGGCCCAGGGCCUCAUCCUAAACACCAGCCAGGUGCCAUGGAGGGGCCCGGGCGAGGGGCCCCCCACCUCCCAGUGCAGCGACCCCUGUAGGAAGAACGAGGUGAAGAGCAUGCAGCCUGGAGACGUGUGCUGCUGGAUCUGCAUCCCCUGCCAGCCCUACCAGUACCUGCUGGAUGAGUUCACCUGUGCAGCCUGUAGCUUUGGACAGUGGCCUCAGGCCAACCUGACAGGCUGUUUCGACCUGCCAGAGGAGUACAUCCGCUGGGAGGAUGCCUGGGCUAUUGGGCCGGUCACCAUCUCCUGCCUGGGCAUGUUGUGUACCCUCUCCGUGGUGGGCCUAUUCUUCAAACACAACGACACCCCAGUGGUCAAAGCCAGCGGGCGGGAGCUGUCCUACAUUCUCCUGCUGGGGGUCCUGAUGUGCUACAGCAUGACCUUCAUCUACAUCGCCAAGCCCUCCACGGCUGUGUGUACCCUACGUCGACUCGGCCUGGGUACCUCCUUUGCCGUGUGCUACUCGGCGCUCCUCACCAAGACCAACCGCAUUGCGCGGAUUUUCAGCGGGGUGAAGGACGGGGCCACACGACCAAGGUUCAUCAGCCCGGCCUCCCAGGUGGCUAUCUGUGGUGGGCUGAUCUCCUGUCAGCUCCUGGUGGCCUUGGUCUGGCUCCUGGUGGAGAUGCCUGGCGUCAGGAAGGAGGUGAGCCCCGAGAGGAGGGAUAUAGUCACCCUGAAGUGCAACAGCAAGGACUCCAGCAUGCUGGCUGCUCUGGCCUACAACUGCAUCCUCAUCGUCCUCUGCACGGUCUAUGCCUUCAAGACCAGGAAGUGCCCCGAGAACUUCAACGAGGCCAAGUUCAUUGGGUUCACCAUGUACACCACCUGUAUCAUCUGGCUGGCCUUCCAGCCCAUCUUCUACGUAACGGCCAGCGACUACAGGGUUCAGACAACCACCAUGUGCAUCUCUGUCAGUCUGAGUGGAUCGGUGGUACUGGGCUGUCUCUUUGCUCCUAAGGUCCACAUCAUCCUAUUCCAGCCCCAGAAGAACGUGACAACGCUGAGAGUGGCUGCCAACCGUUUUGGGGCCACGGUCAAAUCAGCAUCGGCGUCUGACCCCAGCUCUAGCUGCUGGAAAGCAUCAGCCUCUACCAGUGUGCCAACAGCGGUAACAACAGCGGUAACAACAGUCUGUAAUGGUCGUGAGGUAGUAGACUCCACUACGUCCUCUUUGUGAAGAAGGUUGAGCUGCUUGUAUCAUUCCUCUGUCCUGAGAACAACACAAAUCACAAUUUCAUCCCCUCUCGUACAACAAGGCUGCUGUCAUAUCUAAGUCCCAUUUACAGUAGAGACCAGUAGAGUCUGUCCAUUCGGACAGAGGGAGGCCAGGAUGCACUUAACUGUGAAAGCUAAAUAAUGUGACUAUACUUAGGAGUGUGCCGUAAUGUAGGACUGUAAAGCAUUUUUGUAUAGAUUUAACAGUAUGUGAUUGAUUUGACUUGGUUUCAAGAUAGACUCGUUGUUGAAUGCACUGCUGUAUGCCUUGCUGUCAGUACAGAGAAUCAGUCUUAUGAAUGAGGUGGUUCAUGUGAAGCGAUCAUGGUGUCAUAACAAAAGGUUGAUCUUAUCUUGUCCUUACAGUGCUGUGAAUGCGAUAUCAAAAUAUAAUUUUUCUUUUUGACUAGAAUAUUAUUAAUACAUAACACUUAUUGAAUUAAUUUUACCCCUUGUUUUUAAACUACAUUUGAAUGAUAUGAGAUGAACCAUAGUGAUGAUUAAAAACUAGCCUACUAUCAGUAUAAAGGACAAUGUUUUAAUGUAGACUUCGGUGAACCAGUUUGUGCUUUCUUGUAAUUUAUGUAAAUAAAUUGUGUUAUUUUUUAAUUAUUAAAACAUAAAAUGCUAUUGUGUAUUUUGUUCAGAGAAGUCUCUAGGCAGUUUUGGUGGUAGCUCGACAGGAUGGAUUAAAGCAAUCAUUGCCGAUGGGUAUUUGUACAUACAUCAAGUGUUCCGGGAAGAAGCAGUCUACACUAGUGUUUCUCAACCUCAUUUUUGCCAGGGACUGGCAAGCUCGGGUCCUUCCUCAUUUGGGGACUGCUUAAAUUACAACUAGCAAUGGACUAAAUCAGUGUUAUUAGCUAACCGUCUGAGACACCAGUGAACAUCAUCCCUGCCCAGGGACCUAGAGAAACAUUGCACCCAGUCUGUUUGAAAUGACUAUUGGAUGUAACAUCUACAUGCCUACAUUUUCUCUCACAGUGGUUUCUGAGACAGCACCAAUGAACUGUAGAAGAGCAGCUAGCUUGUCUUAAUCACCUCAAAUGUCUUCUUCUUUCCUUAACCCGUGUGGUGAUCAUGUUUUUGUUAUUCACCCAAUAUUCGCGGGUCUAAUGGAUAUAUGUAAAAAAACUUAGUUGACAUAUCAA